CAAGGGCCGUGUCACCAAGCCCGUAUAAGAGUGAGCGGCGGGAGGACACCCAGACAGGAUUGGCCGAGAGACACCUGAAAAAAGAUGAGUAAAAACCUCACUCGGAAGCAGCCCAGAAGAGUGGCUUACGAUGCUGGUGUGAUAAAGAAGUUUUGGGAGGAAAAAAUCAAGCUGCACACAAAACAGCUACAGAGCGAGGACAUGAGGACCCGCAGGAGCGCCCUGGACAGGCUCCGCGGCGAGUGGGCUCGAAUGCUGGAGGGCAGGAACAAGGUGCUGCAGAGCCUCCCCGAGGCAGCCAUGAGGCCGUGCCUGCAGGGCCCCGAGUCCUUCCACGCGGGAGAUACAGCAGCUGCCUGAGGCUACGAACCCGUCCGGCCAGGAACCUGAGCACAGCUGCCCCCCAG